AUGCUGCAAGUACCAGACCAGUCGACCCAGACGUGCGUCAUUCGAGUCCUAGAGACCUACAAGCGAAACCCGUACAACCCCACGCAAUCCGAGAAUGCACGACUCCGCAAUCCAGGCACCGCCCGUGCCAACCUCGCGGCUUCCUUGGAAGCCCCUCAAGGCACUCAGACAGACAGCUGGGCAGCGAAGCACAGCCAUCAGACGGUCCUGCAGCAACACUGCGACUACUUCGACCCCGACCACGACGGCGUCGUCUGGCCUAUCGACACCUUCCGCGGCCUCCGCAAUCUAGGCUUCAACCUCCUCCACUGUCUCGUGGCGGUGUUCAUCAUCAACGGCUUCCUCUCGUACCCCACCGUGCCUGGCCUCCUCCCGGACCUGUUCUUUCGCGUCUACGUGCAAAACAUCCACAAGUCGAAGCAUGGCAGCGAUACUGGCACGUACGACAACGAGGGCCGGUUUAUCCCGCAAAAGUUUGAAGACGUUUUCUCGAAGUACGCAGACGGAAGAGUAGGAUUGACCAAGUGGGGAAUUGUGAGACUCCUUCAUGGACAACGCGGCCUCCUCGAUCCGGCCGGUUGGGCCGGCGCCAUUAUGGAGUGGCUCUUCGUGUACCUGCUGAUCUGGCCCGAGGAUGGCAUCAUCAAGAAAGAAGACGUCCGCCGCGUAUACGAUGGGAGCAUCUUCGCCGAACUUUCUCUCAAAAGAUCUGGUAAAGCCUAUGCGACAUGACCUUGCAAGCUCGAUGACCGCCAGAUGAUACGGACGCCUUUCGGACAUAGAUCCUAUAGCUCGACGCGGUGCCCUCAUGAUGAUAGACUUUUGUCGAGAAUUUACGCAGUACGAUAUCUUGUACCUUGUAGCAAAACCUGUAACCCGAUGUCAGGAGGAUUUGUAG